CCCUCUCAUGCGAUAUAGAGAGAGAGAGAGACAGACAGACAGAACAAGGGAAGAAGGAAGAAGAAUCUCUCUCUGUCUGCAUAUAUUAUAAAUAUAUAUAUAUAUAUAUAUAUGUAUCAGCUUGGAACCUGAGACUGCAAUAAGUCUGCAAGAGCGUCAUUAACCCCCUUCACCUGAGAUAUUCAUCUUCAUAUAUAAUCACAUCUCUUCUGGAACCCAAUCCUUCAAAGCUUUCAGGGAAUUGAAAUGGCAUCAUCAUCACAGACACUGGAGAGCAUGUUGGGUUGCACAAAAGCAGAGCAGCAAGAGAAGAAGGCGAAGCCAUCUGCAGACGAACAAUCAUUGAAAUGCCCAAGGUGCGAUUCCACCAACACAAAGUUCUGCUACUACAACAACUACAGCCUAUCUCAGCCCCGCUACUUCUGCAAGUCCUGCCGCCGCUACUGGACCAAAGGCGGCACCCUCCGCAACGUCCCCGUCGGCGGCGGCUGCCGGAAAAACAAGCGAUCCUCUUCCCGCCCUCGAACUACCCAAGACCCAUUAUUCUCUUCACUCACCUCUACCCCCUUAAUGCCCUCCCUCACCACCACCCUGCCUUAUGACAGACCAAUCAUCUGCAAUAAUAAUCCCACCAACAACGUUAAUCCCUGCGAUGUUCUUGAAAGCUAUGGGUUAUUGGGCCAUUUGGGCGUUGGGUUUCUGCAAACUCCGGGGACAAACGGGCUGUUCCAUAGUCUGUGCUAUGGGAUUGGGAGUGAGCAGAGUAAUAGUGUGGAAUGGAAUGGUGGGAAUGGGGAAAUGAUGGGGAAUUCAUCAUAUCAAGAUCGGAUCUGUAGCGGUGGGGUGAAGCAAGAGGUGUGUUAUGGAAGAGAUGAAGGUGAGAGCAGGCUAAACUGGGGAUUUCCAUGGCUGCAGGGUGGGGAAGAAGGUGCCAACAUGGUGGGCAACAGUGAUGUAAUUAGCUCAAGCAGACAAAGCUGGAAUGAGAAUGGGUUUGGCCCUUAUUCUUCUUGGCAUGGGCUAAUCAACACCCCACUCAUGUAGGAUGAUGAAGAUGUUAAUUAAUUGAUCAAUUACAAAGUUGUGUGUCUUUUCAAGAAAAGAAUGAUAGUAUUUUGUUUGUUAUAUUUCUUUUUUUGAGUGACAGAAAAAUCGGCAACAAUUAUUUGAGGGUGCUGUUAAACACCAUGUCAGGUUAAUAGACUUUGUGGUUUGGUUGAGGUUGUUCUUUGUUUGUUAUAUUCUUAGAUUAGAUUGUCUAGAAGAUUAUUAGGCCUGGUUUAUUUAAAUUUUCAUUUCAUCGUUCUCUAUUUCUGAAAUUGGAUAAAUGUAUAAGUAAAUGAAUUUUAUAUC